GGUCAGGACCGUCUCUGCUGUCAACGGUUCAAACCGGUUCAUUACCGUUCUGCUCGGACUUAAUGGGAACAAUGUUUUUAUUUGACAUAUUUUUGGUUGUUUUUUUUAUUAACUUCCUACACGACUUCCAUGUGAACGCUUCUGGGUGUGAUGAAAACUGUGCAGAGAAACCUGUAUUCAGUCCAUCCAGACUGGUGGUGAAGUUUGGUGACCCAUCCUCUACCAUGUGCACCGUCUGUGAGCAAUGCACAACCGCAUUUGGUUUGGUAAGCAGUUCGGGAGAAAACACAGAAAACGGAACCACAAUUACAUGGCAGGCUGACAGUGUGACUGAAUGGGAAUUACCUCUCUUGUGUUACUAUGAAAAGUAUAUUAAUGAUCCUAAUCAGGAAUUUGACCAGUGUUGUACCCCGCUGCAUGUCACUGUCUACAAGCCUCCAGAUAAUGUGUCCAUCAGCUUUGUUAAUCACACUGGGCCAAUGUAUGAGGGCCGUCAGUACACUCUGCAGUGUACGGUACAGGACGUUGCUCCUGUUGAAAACCUCACUGUGACCUUCUACAGAGGACAGACAGUACUGGGUCAACUACAGUCUAAUUACCACACAAGAAGGAAACCAAUGACUGAGAUCUUCACUUUAAACAUCAGCCCCAGUAAAUACGAUGAUGGAGUCCAGUACUGGUGUGAAGCCAAGCUAGAACUGGGACCUGAAGGACCACAGCCCCCUUCAGUGGUGAAGUCACAGAACAUCACUGCCGCUGUGUACUAUAAGCCUCAGCUCCAGGUGUCAUCACCUCCAGAGCUGAUCACUGUCUUAGAAGGAGACUCUCUGAAACUGGAUUGCUCCGCGGUGGGAAACCCCAGUCCCUCGUACUCCUGGACACUCCCAUCAAACAGCCAGCCCCCCUCCACUGACAGCGUUCUCACUAUCAACUCUACAACUUCUGAGGACAAAGGACUGUACAGCUGCUAUGUCUCCAACAAGGAGGGAUAUUUAACUUUGGAGUUCAAUGUUAAUGUCAAAGUCAGCUACAUCGGAUACUUUAUCCUGCUGGGAGUAAUAGUUGUUGCUGUGAUCGUCAUCAUCAUGGCAAAUGGUUUUACAUGGCUCACGGGUCAGGUAGGAGGGCUUCUCAGCAGAAGUUUGCUCAGGGCCCCAGGGAGGUCAGGACCGUCUCUGCUGUCAACGGUUCAAACUGGUUCAUUACCGUUCUGCUCGGACUUAAUGGGAACAAUGUUUUUAUUUGACAUAUUUUUGGUUGUUUUUUUUAUUAACUUCCUACACGACUUCCAUGUGAACGCUUCUGGGUGUGAUGAAAACUGUGCAGAGAAACCUGUAUUCAGUCCAUCCAGACUGGUGGUGAAGUUUGGUGACCCAUCCUCUGCCAUGUGCACCGUCUGUGAGCAAUGCACGGCUGUAAUUGGUUUGGAAAAAUCUCUGGGAAAAAACAUAGUAAACGGAACCACAAUUACAUGGCAGGCUGACAGUGUGACUGAAUGGAUAUUACCUCUCUUGUGUUACUACGAAAAGUAUAUUAAUGAUCCUAAUCAGGAAUUUGCCCAGUGUUGUACCCCGCUGCCUGUAACUGUCUACAAGCCUCCAGAUAAUGUGUCCAUCAGCUUGAUUAAUCACAAUGGGCCAAUGUAUGAGGGCCGUCAGUACAGUCUGCAGUGUACGGUACAGGACGUUGCUCCUGUUGAAAACCUCACUGUGACCUUCUACAGAGGACAGACAGUACUGGGUCAACUACAGUCCAACAACAACAAAAAGAAGAAGAAGAAACCAGUGACUGAGAUCUUCACUUUAAACGUCAGCCCCAGUAAAUACGACGAUGGAGUCCAUUACUGGUGUGAAGCCAAGCUAGAACUGGGACCUGAAGGACCACAGCCCCCUCCAGUGGUGAAGUCACAGAACAUCACUGCCACUGUGUACUAUAGGCCUCAGCUCCAGGUGUCAUCACCUCCAGAUUUGAUCACUGUCAUAGAUGGACACCCUCUGGUACUGGAUUGCUCCGCGGUGGGAAACCCCAGUCCCUCGUACUCCUGGACGCUCCCAUCAAACAGCCUGUCCCCCUCCAAUGACAGCGUUCUCACUUUCUACUCUGCAACCUUUAAACACAAAGGAGUGUACAGCUGCUUUGUUAUCAACAGUGAGGGAAGUUUCACUUUGGAGUUUAACGUGAAGGUCAAAGUCUUAAAAUGCAGUUUUUUCUUGCCGCUUUUUUUUUUUUACUUUCAUUUUCAGUCGCAGACUCUCUGUACCCUCGGGCUCAAACAGUUCAUCACCAGGCUGCUCGGACCGACUGGAAACAUGUCCACCUGUUACAUAUUUUUGGUUGUUUCUUUGCUGAACAUCCUGAACAACUCCCAUGUGAACGCCACUGGUUGCGAUGAAAACUGUGCAGAAAAACCCGUAUUCAGUCCAUCCAGACUGGUGGUGAUGUUUGGUGACCGAUCCUCUGCCAUGUGCACCGUCUGUGAGCAAUGCACAACCGCAUUUGGUUUGGAAAAAUCUCUGGGAGAAAACACAGAAAAUGGAACCACAAUUACAUGGCAGGCUGACAGUGUGACUGAAUGGGAAAUACCUCUCUUGUGUUACUAUGAAAAGUAUAUUAAUGUUCCUAAUCAGAAAUUUGACCAGUGUUGUACCCCGCUGCCUGUAACUGUCUACAAGCCUCCAGAUAAUGUGUCCAUCCGCUUUGUUGAUCACACUGGGCCGAUGUAUGAGGGCCGUCAGUACACUCUGCAGUGUACGGUACAGGACGUUGCUCCUGUUGAAAACCUCACUGUGACCUUCUACAAAGGACAGACAGUACUGGGUCAACUGCAGUCUAAGAAAAACACUACAGAGAAGAAACCAGUGACUGAGAUCUUCACUUUAGACAUCAGCCCCAGUAAAUACGAUGAUGGAGUCCAGUGCUGGUGUGAAGCCAAGCUAGAACUGGGACCAGAAGGACCACAGCCCCCUCCAGUGGUGAAGUCACAGAACAUCACUGCUACUGUGUACUAUAAGCCUCAGCUCCAGGUGUCAUCACCUCCAGAGUCGAUCACUGUCAAAGAAGGAGACUCUCUGAAACUGGAUUGCUCCGCGGUGGGAAACCCUAGUCCCUUGUACUCCUGGACGCGCCCACCAAACAGCCAGCCCCCCCACACCGACAGCGUUCUCAUUAUCAACUCUACAACUUCUGAGGACGAAGGACUGUACAUCUGCAAUGUCUCCAACAAGCAGGGAAAUUUCACUGUGAGGUUCAACGUGAAUGUCAACGUCAGCUACAUCAGAUACUUUAUCGUGCUGGGAGUAAUAAUUGCUGCUGUGAUCGUCAUCAUCAUGGUACUCUUAUGCAUCCAUUACCACAGAAAGUGCAGAAUGGGACAGUACAACCUGGUGGACGUUUUCCGUCUUCACCCAAGACACUCUGCGGUGUCCAUUACAGAUGACAGGCGAAGAUAGACAGGAGAGGGGGGCAGAGAGAGGGGAUGACACGCAGCAAAGGGAUGCAGGUCGGAUUCGACCCGGGCAGCUGCAGCAACUCCGUACAUGGUUCACCAGCUCUACCGACUGAGCUAACCAGGCACCCCAGUCAUGCCAAGUUCCAACUGCAGUAUUUAGCCUAAACCCAGCUGCUGUAGAAACAACCAGAAGUCUCUGUAUCUGAACUUUAAAACACAUACCUACACACAGUAUGGUGUCUAAAAGGUUUGAGGCCACAGAUUGACGUGUAAUACUGUUUAAGAUAAAUAUUUCUCUAUGUAGGCUGUGGUGUUUCUGUAUAAGGACAAAUAAACGUGUUUUUCUGUUAUAUAUUUUAGUUUUUUCCGUUGAUGAACUUCAUGCACGACUUCCUUUUGAACACAGCUGAUUGUGCUAAGUAUUCUGUAUCUGCUGCAGUCAGAAAUGUCAUUUUAUAGUUCGCCUUUGAUAGCGGUUCCGUUUUUUUUUCUUCUUUUAAUUCUAUUUUAAUGUUUUCAGCAAUGAAAUUUGGCAGUUUUUGCUUCAAUUACAAGCUUCGGAUUGAAUCUUCUCUUUUCGUAUAUGAUCUUUGAAUGAUUUGAGUUUUUCUUUCAUUAUCAUCAAUAGUAAUGUAGUCGUAACACAUGUUUUAUAGCCUUUGUCAAGUUAGUGUAUGUCCUGUCAUAGUGUUUGUGUCGUGAUGUGCAAAUGUGUUAUUUUUCAGGAUAUUUGUGGCAGUACUGUUAUAUAAUGAAUAAUGAGUUGAAUUUGGAAUAAAAGCAUUCACAGUGUA